UUGAAUAAAUUAAAAUAUCAUUCAUAGAAAUGAACAUCGAAAGUAAGUAUUACUAAAUACUAAAAGAGCUUCUUAAAGCAGCAAAAGAGGAGGAUGAAAGAAAAUCAGAUACUCAAUUUGCUUAGAGAUUAAAUAAGAUUAUAGCUGAAGUUAUGAAAAUUCCCUUCCAUUACUCAAAAAAUUUUGAAAAUAUCAUAAAAUAAUAAGUGGAGAUUGAUUGUAGUAAUAAAAGUGACAUUAACAUUUUUGAGAAUUAUAAAAGUUUAUUUGAUAAAUUGAAGCAGGUAAAUAAAAUUUUAACAAAAUAAACUGCAGAGCUACUUAUUUCUACUGUUGACAUCAUAAUUAAUGAGUUGUAAAUGUUCAGAAAAAAGAUGGAUGCUCCAAAAUUUUAAGUAUAUUAGGAAAGCGUAAAUGAAAAUAUUAAGCAAAUAAAACUUACUCAAUCACAAAUAGAUAAAUAGCAUUUGAUUGAUAAUAAUGAAUAGCAAUAAUAUUAGCUUAGCAAUUAUCAAUAAACCUCUUCAUAAAGAAUUAAUUAGAAUAUUUAAUAGUUUCCAAACAAUAACUAUUUAGAAAAGAAUUAAAAUGGUUAAUCCAAAAAUUAAAAUAAUAAUGGAAACUUUAUAUAUCCAAAUAAUAGAUAAGAUCAUUUAAAUAAGUAAAUUUAGUAUCAAAAUUAAGAAAAUAAUAGGAAUCUUAAUUUAAGAUUUGCUUAAAAUGUAAAUCAAUUUGAUAAUUAGUAAUUGAAUAAUUAUUAAUAUUAAGAAUUUAAUGUUUAAUUACAAAAGCAAUAGGUAAAUUCUUAAAACCUACCACAUCCAUAUCACAUACAUACUAAUUAAGCAAUUUAAAAUAAUCAAUAAUAAAGUUUCUAAUAAUAAAGGUAUUCAACCCAAUAAAAUAAUAUUUUUCAGAAUGAAUAGAAUAAUAACUUUCUUUCUAAAAAUAAUUAAUUAUCAGGCAAUAUGAUUAAUUAGAUAUAACCUCAGAUACCUACUAAUCAAACAAUUUAAAAUAAUCAAUAUUAAAGUUUCUAAAAAUAAAAGUAUUCAACCCAACAAAAUAAUAUUUUUCAGAAUGAAUAAAACAACUCUCAUUCCAAAAACAAUUAAUUAUCAGGCAAUAUAAUUAAUUAGAUAUAACCUCAGAUACCUACUAAUUAAGCAAGUUAAAAUAAUCUGUAUUAAAAUUUCUAAUAAUAAAAUUAUAAAAGCCAAUAAAAUAAUUUUAUUCAGAAUGAAUAGAAUAGCAACACUCUUUCUAAAAAUAAUUAAUUAUCAAGCAAUAUGCUUAAUUAGAUAAAACCUACCAAUAAUUUUAAUUAAGAUCUUGACUAAACUAUUAGAGAGUAGGAAAGCCUAAUUUUUUAGGUUAAACCAGAGAAAUAAGCAAUAUCUAAAAUUAGAAUGCAAGGCCUCUAGGAAGCAGAUUAAAAAAUAUUUGAUUCAAUGAUUGAUGGAUAAGCAACUCAUAAAUACAACCCAAAAAUAAUAAUUGCAAAUCUAGAUUAUAUACUUGUAGAUUCAGAUGAAAUUUUGAGAGUAUAAUAAAAUUCGGAUCAAAUAGAUUUUUAAAUGUAUGAAAUAUACAAGUAAAGAAUUUUAGAAUAAAAAAAGAAGAAGGAUAUGAUAACUAUGCUGAAUUAUGUUCUGAAUGUUAUAUAUAGAUCAGCUGCAAAUAAAUUUUCUGAUAAAGUAGUUUUAAAAGCUUACUUAUUUGGCUCUUUUCUGCAAGGAACAAGCUUAAAAAAUAACUCAGAUAUCGAUGUAAUACUUGAAUUUGAAAAUAUUGAAAUUAAAUAUAGAAGUAUUUUAUAUUUCAUCUCAUCAGUUGUUAAAACUAAAUUGAGUGAUGAAUUUGAAAUUGAAACAGUGAUCAAUUAAUAUAUAAGGAUCCCUUUUAUAAAUCUCACACAUAAGAAAACAGGUUAUAAAAUCGAUAUUAUCUAUGAGAAUAAACUAGGAAUUUUAAAUUCACAUCUAUUUUAUACUUACUUAAAUAUACAUAUAAAAAUUAAAGUGCUUUCUGUGUUAUUUAAAAUUUGGGCUGAUAACGCUAAAAUCAAAGAUAAAUAUAAGCUAACUUCUUAUGCCUUGCUUAAUAUUGUUAUUUAUUACUUUAUUACAAAUGGUUAUAUAUGGAGCAUAUAGGAUUAUCAAUAUUUUUAAUUUACACCUCUUUUUACCAUGAUAUCUACAUACUGUAAUCUCUAAAAUGUGAAACUCAAAACAUAUACAAGCUUCGAAUCUAAUAAGCAAAAGAUCAAAUAAAAAUUAAUAGAAGAUAAAUAUUAUUAAAAAUUAGAAUAAACACCUUUACAUAAAUUAUUUGUUGAUCUCAUUGAGUUUUGUUAGACUAUUUUAUAUAUGAAUUCAAAAAAUAAUGAGGAUAAAAUAAUUAUAACUAUAAGACCUAAUAUAUUAAAAAUAAGAGGUGACUUAAAUAAGUAUAAAAAUGGAGAUAAACACAUAUCCAUUUAGGAUCCUUUCGAUGAUGAUUAUAACCCAGGCUAAAGAAAAAGUUUUAAUUAUAAUGAUUUUGUAAAAGCCUUAAAUAAAGUCCCUAAUGAAAUUAGAAAUAUCUAAUAGUUAUAAUAAUUAUUUUAAUGA